AUGAUAUCCAUACUGUUAAAGUGUCCUAAUGUGACGGAGCAGUGCCUCUCCCGUUGCCAUCGUGUGGGAUUAAGAUCCAAUGACAAGCCUAGGCCUAUAUUAAUAAAGUUUCGUGAGCAUGCUGACAAGUUAAGGAUCUGGGCUGCCAAAACUAAUCUUAAAGGCACCGGAAUAACCUUGUCUGAGUUCCUGAUCAGGAGGAAAAUUCGAGCAGCUAGGUCAAAAUUUUACGAGGACAAAUGUGUUAGGUUGGAAGAGCUCAACGCCAAACAUGACAGCUUUAACUUACACAAAGAGAUCAAAGAGAUGGCUGGAUUGCGGAAAAGGACAAACCGGAAUACGUUAGUGGAUGAUAGUGGUAAUGUAUUAUUAGACGUAGAGAGCAAGAAAUCUACUUGGAAACUCUAUGUUGAAGACAUAUUCGCAGAUGCAACUAGAAGAAUCACAGUAACACCAGGAAAUGAAACUGGACCUCCUAUAUUGAGAGCAGAGGUAGUAAAAGCUCUAAAGAGAGCCAAAACUGGAAAAUCUCCAGGUCCAGAUCAAAUUCAUGUGGAGAUUCUCCAACUAUUAGAGGAACACCUUGUGGAUGCGUUAACCAACUUCUUCAACUGUAUUUAUGCAACGGGGAUUAUGCCGAAGGAUUGGUUAAAUUCAACGUUCAUCACCCUCCCGAAGAAACCUACGGCUAAGAAAUGCACAGAAUAUCGCACAAUAAGUCUGAUGAGUCAGGUCUUAAAACUUUUUCUCUCGAUUAUACAUGAGAGGAUUAGAGGCAAAUGCGAUGCACAAAUUUCGGAGAGCCAGUUCGGGUUCAGAUCUGGAGUAGGAACCAGAGAAGCCUUGUUCUCAUUGAAUGUGCUUGUUCAAAAAUGUCGAGACUUACAGACAGACGUCAUUAUAUGUUUUGUUGAUUACGAAAAGGCCUUUGACCGUGUCAAACACGAGGUACUUAUGCGUCGUCUGCAAGAAGUCGGAAUUGAUGGCAGGGAUAUGAGGAUAAUACAAAACCUCUACUGGAAUCAAACCAGCACGGUGAGAGUGGACGGUGAUGAAACCGAACUAAUUUCAAUCUGUCGUGGAGUCAGGCAAGGGUGCAUUCUGUCCCCGCUUCUAUUUAAUCUGUAUUCAGAAGCAAUUAUCUCUGAAGCACUGGAAGGCAAAGAGUGGGGUAUCAAGAUCAAUGGGCAAAUAAUUAACAACUUGAGAUACGCCGAUGAUACCACUCUUAUAGCAACAACACCUGAAGAUCUACAGAGUAUAGUUGACCACGUCUAUGAGUGCAGCAAAAGAGCGGGGCUAUCAAUGAACCUCGCCAAAACCAAGUAUAUGGUGAUUAGCAGAAGAGAAGACUUAAACCCAACAAUCUCGGUGGCAGGUACUACUUUAGAGAGAGUUAAUAAAUACAAGUACCUAGGCACAUGGCUGACUGAAGCAUGGGAGUCUGAAAAUGAAGUGAAGACCCGAAUAGAAGUUGCCCGUGCUUCCUUCAACAAAAUGAGAAAGGUACUUUGCAACAAGGACAUCAGUCUGCACCUCCGAAGUAGGAUGCUUCAAUGUUACAUCUGGCCAGUUGUAAUGUAUGGUUGCGAGGCUUGGACCUUGAAGGAGGCAACCAUUAAGAAACUUGACGCCUUUGAAAUGUGGUGUUUCCGAAGAAUGCUGAGGAUAAGCUGGGUCCAUAGAGUCACGAACGAAGAAGUUCUAAGGCGCGUCAAACGAUCCCGAGAACUCACGUUGAGCAUUAAAAAGAAGAAGAUAAGUUACUUGGGACAUGUGUUUCGACACGAACGCUACCGACUUCUUCAAGUAAUCAUGAUGGGCAAGGUCGAGGGGAAAAGACGCGCUGGCAGAAGGAGGAAGUCGUGGCUCCGCAAUAUUAGAGAAUGGACGGGAGUGGCCAGCGUAGAACAGCUGAUGCGCUUGGCGAAAAAUAAGAAGGAGUUUGACGAGCUGACCGCCAACCUCCAGUAG